AUGUAACAAAAUAUAGUGUUUGAUAUCUCUCCAGAGAAUAGCUCUUCAUCAGAUGAAGAUGAGUUCAUAAAAAUUGAUCAAUAAAACAGCUCAGUACAAUAUAUAUGAAAUUCUUAUAGAUAUUAAGUGUCAGAGCUCCUAAUUUAUUCGACAGUGAUACACCUUAAUAGUUUCAAAAAAUCCCAGAAACAACACAUUCAAUGAGGAAAUAGAACACUGUUACUUUUGAUACAUUAAAUACUAGUGAAGGGGAAAGAAAAUAGUUAAAUAAAUGGAAUUUAUAAGAAAAAGAAAAUAGAAAUCGUAAUACUUGCACAACAACAACAGAAUUAACAGAAAAAGGAAGAGCAAAUAGUAAAAAACAUGUUAAUGAAAGCGUUGAGUAUUUAUAAAAACAGAAAUCCUAUUAACAAUAAUAAAUUAAGUCUAAUCAAUGUAAAUAGUUGUUAUAAAUAAUUAUAUAGACAAGAAACCUUAUUAACCAAAAAGAGCCACAAAUGGAAACUAUUAAUCAAUUGAUAAUUUUUAGAAUUAAUCUAUGACACAAGAAUUAUUAGAAUUAGAUUUGCCUGCUCUUAUAUCUUAAUUAACAAAAAAGAGAAGAGCUAAUAAUAAUAGUUUUCAUAAUAAUAAUAAUAAUAAUUUAUUUUACAAUUCAAACACCAAGUAAUAUUGCUAUUGUAUAUGUUAGCUAGACCUAAGAUACCACAAAAACAAGGCUGCAUUGUUCGAUAAUCAUUUAACAAAUAAAGUUCUUAAGAAGAAAUACCUAUUGUAUAAUAAACAAGAGAAAGAUCAAUCACAAUGAUUUUAAGACAACCUGGAAAAAUAGUCAAUUAGAAGUAGUUAAAAAGUAAUAGCAUUGCUAUAAGAAAAUGAAGAUAUAUUGUUUUUACUUUUAAUUAUUAUUAAUAUUUUUUUUAAUUAAAUGAAAUGUCUUUUCUGUUAGCCGAUUCGGAAGACUUUAUAUGGCAAUAACUUCGAAGAAAUGCAGUUUAAAGGUAGACUGAAAUUAAAUUAAUUAUCAAGAAAGUAUCCUUACCAGAGAGGAUCACUAAUUCUCUUUAUAAUAAAUAUGCUGAAUCACAAAAUUACUAUUUUACCAAGGAUAUCAAUGAAAUCAUAUUAGACCAACCAACUAAACCUAAUAUAGUAUUCAAAGUAAUUAUUUACAAUAUUAAAAUUAGGAUUUAGUAUUAUUGGAUGAAGAUGUUGAAUACAUGAAAAAAAUAUAUUAACCGCAUAGUUUAGAUAAUAAAAUGGAAGUCUUAACAGAAUUUUAUAAAGUAAAAAUUUAAUCAAAAUCUUAGUUUCACAAUGAUUUACCUAGAUGGGCUGUUUCUAGCUCUAUUGUAAAUAUCUUGAAUGAAUAUUAUAAUUAAAAAAGAAAGCUCGAAUAUUACAAAAUUUAGAAAAUAAUUGAUGAAGAAAACAAAAAUAAUCCAGAGAAGCCUCCAAAAGGUAUAGUUGGUGAUGAACCAAUCUAAACUGAAAGUACUCCUCCAUCUCACACCAUUGAAAGUGGAAUUAUUGUUGGAAAUGUACUUGAUGAAUUACAAAAUACUCCUUCUUAUUCUAAACAUGAUUAAGAAAAAAUACGUGGAAAAAUAAAUAACAACAAUCACAAUGAUAUUCAUCAAUAACUUUUAAAAAUUGAAAAAUUAAAAACUGAAAGACAAUAAGAUAAUAAUAAUAUAAUCAAAGAAUUCAAAUUAUCAUAACUUCUUACAAAUGAUAAAAUCAAAAAUAUUAAAUCAUUGAUAACUUCUUAAAAAAGAUAAUUAAAAAUAAUUCAUCCUGAUUAAUGUGGCUAGUUGGAUCUGCCAAAACCAAAACUAAAACACCAACAAAUAUUAGAAUAAUGUAAUUUAUUUAUCUUAAUGAAGUACAUUAAAGAGUAACCGAAAAGCUUUAAUUAAAAAAAAGAAUAUAAGUAUAGAAUAAAGAUCCAUCUAGAGAAAUUAAGAGUGUACAUUUUUGCGAAGAUAAAAAAGAAAACUUUUUCAAAUCUCCAAGAAAUAUGAAAACUUAAUGUACAUCCAAAAUGACACCGAAGUCAAAUUGCAAGGUAUGCAAGACACAAACUUUUCAUGAUAGUUCAUCUAGGUAAUAUCUAUAUCAUAAUUAUAAUAGAAAGUUUAAUAACAACUUAUUAUCAACAAGGAAUAUUGGAGCUAAGACAUGUCAUUAAAUAAGCAAUAACAUCAAAUCAAAAAUGCAAUAAAAACCAAUAUCAUUUAAAACUCUUACUACUCCAAGAUCUGUUUAAUAAAAGUUAUCAUAAUGA